AUGCUUCACCCUAUUUUAACAGAAUCCACAGAUGUUGCUGAAAAUAUAAGCAGAUCAAGAUCGCAAGUAGAGGAUAACGAGGGCUUAACUUUAGGAAAAUGUUCGUGGCAUUUAUUAUUUUACAAGAAAAUUGUAAUCUAUAAAGUAGAUAAUUUAAUAAGUCUUGGUCAUAAAGCACAAAAAUAUAAAGCUUCGAAAGCAAAAAGAUAUCUUACUCAAUGUGGAUAUUAG